GAUUGGUCGGCGCGCGAGCAGCCGGGCUCGCACGGGCCAAUCCUGUGGUAGCGCGUGAGGAGGCAGAGGCCUCUGGGGUGGGAUCGCGGGCCGUAAGUGGCUGUGGAGCUGGGGACACUGCGCGGUGGGACCAUGGCCUCGGAGAAGCCGCUGGCGGCAGUCACUUGUACAGCGCCGGUCAACAUCGCGGUCAUCAAGUACUGGGGCAAGCGCGAUGAAGAGCUGGUUCUGCCCAUCAACUCCUCCCUGAGCGUCACUCUGCACCAGGACCAGUUAAAAACCACCACAACAGCCGUCAUCAGCAAGGACUUCACCGAGGACCGGAUUUGGCUGAAUGGCCGGGAGGAGGAUGUGGGGCAGCCGCGGCUCCAGGCCUGCCUGCGGGAGAUCCGCUGCCUGGCCCGGAAGCGGAGGAACUCACGGGAUGGGGACCCGCUGCCCUCCAGCCUCAGCUGCAAGGUGCACGUGGCAUCGGUGAACAACUUCCCCACAGCUGCGGGCCUGGCCUCCUCGGCGGCGGGCUAUGCCUGCCUAGUUGCAGCUGGCGUGGGGCUCUCGCCUGUGAUCCCAGUACUUAAGAGGCUGAUGGGGGAGAAGCACUUUAGGCCAGGAGUUCAAGACCAGCCUGGGCAACAUACCUACACCCUGGCCCGUGUCUACGGCGUGGAGAGUGACCUCUCAGAAGUGGCUCGCCGGGGCUCAGGCAGCGCCUGCCGGAGCCUGUAUGGGGGCUUUGUGGAGUGGCAGAUGGGAGAGCAGGCCGACGGGAAGGACAGCAUUGCUCGGCAAGUGGCCCCCGAGUCACACUGGCCUGAACUCCGCGUGCUCAUCCUUGUGGUGAGCGCUGAGAAGAAGCUGACAGGCAGUACCGUGGGCAUGCGGGCCAGUGUGGAGACCAGCCCCCUGCUGCGGUUCCGGGCCGAGUCCGUGGUGCCCGCGCGCAUGGCGGAGAUGGCCCGCUGCAUCCGGGAGCGAGACUUCCCCAGCUUCGCCCAGCUGACCAUGAAGGACAGCAACCAGUUCCACGCCACCUGCCUCGACACCUUCCCGCCCAUCUCUUACCUCAAUGCCAUCUCCUGGCGCAUCAUCCACCUGGUGCACCGCUUCAACGCCCACCACGGGGACACCAAGGUGGCGUACACCUUUGAUGCGGGCCCCAAUGCCGUGAUCUUCACCCUGGACGACACUGUGGCUGAGUUUGUGGCUGCUGUGAGGCACGGCUUUCCCCCAGGCUCGAAUGGAGACACGUUUCUGAAGGGGCUGCAGGUGAGGCCGGCCCCUCUCUCAGCUGAGCUUCAGGCUGCGCUGGCCAUGGAGCCGACCCCCGGUGGGGUCAAAUACAUCAUUGUCACUCAGGUGGGGCCAGGGCCUCAAAUCCUGGAUGACCCCUGCGCCCACCUCCUGGGUCCUGACGGCCUGCCGAAGCCAGCUGCCUGACUGCCUCAGCAGGGACCGCAUGCCGCUUGGAGAAGGGGUGGCCUCGCCGGAGCUAGGGAGCGGAUGUGGUGGGCUGGCCGGACUACUGGGACAUGUGGGUGGUGGCUUGACCCCGGGCCCGUGGACAGCUUGCUGUGGGGCAGUGCAGGGAGUCCUGCGGCCGCCCAGGUGUCAGGAGAGGUCCCCGCCGAGUGCUUCAGCUGCCCUAAGCUGCACCAGCGCUUUGCCAAGAUGGGAUGGGGAGGGGGUAUGAGAACUGGCAGAGCCUCGGUGCAGCAGGGCUGAAGGGCUUUCUCACCCCAGCUCUGGCUAUGCCCAGUUCUCUGAGAAAGGAGCUCAGUGGGGAGAUGGUCCCUCCAGCGGACCAGGGAAGGGGUCACUGUGCUGGGAGCAGCCUCCUUGGGCCUCAGGAAACCACCAAGUGCCUCGGAUGGUGGCUGCCCACGGCCUAGGUGUGGCUGGAAUGGUGGCAGGAGUGGGCACCAGUGCGGCCCCGGUGGCCGUGGGGAAUAAACCAGCAUUGCCGCC